CCGUCAAAGCUCCACCGUCUCUUCUUGGACUAUGCCUGGCCCCAGCGAGGGUUUUUUUUUUCUCUUUCAGUAAAAACCCUGACCGCAGGCUGCGCAGCAGCGGCAUCGGGAUCCGUACCAAACCCACGACGAGCAGGGAGACCACACGCAACGGCUGCGAGCGGCGUGACAGUCACGACUAUGGCGCUCCUCAAGUUGGAUAACGCUGCUCGGCCUUAGCGAGAGAUGUUCGGGAGCGCGCAGGAGGUUUGACGGGCAUGUCUGCGGCGUCCCUGGUGGGAUAGAGCCGGGGAGAGGGGGCACGGCGCGGGGCCAGCCCGCUUCACUGCGCCGCUCCGCCCCAUGGAGGCGGCCGGGACUCUGAGCUGCAGGGCCGGACACUCACCUGGGAACACACACCUGGCCGAAACACGCGUUUGAGAACAAGAACAGCGGCUCUCACAGCGGGGGGUUUAAACGAGUUACCUGGUAACUUCUCAGAGAGUCUGUUUACAGAGCGAAAAGUUAAUUUAGGACGGAUGAACAACGCACUAUUACCGAGUAGAUGGACUUUAUCCAUGUCUUUUCUAACUUCUCUAGUGUAUACAUCCGCAGAUUAAACCAUCUGCUUUCGAGAGCUGAAUUGUCAAAUAAGGACUUUUGCUUUUUAUUUUUAUUUUUUUGCUUCCUUCAGCAAACAUGUCACUCAAAGAAAACGCUUGUCGAAAAUUUCAAGCCAACAUUUUCAACAAAAGUAAAUGUCAGAACUGCUUCAAACCCAGAGAGUCGCAUCUUCUCAACGACGAAGACUUGAAUCAGGCAAAACCUAUAUAUGGAGGAUGGUUGCUACUGGCACCCGAGGGAACAAAUUUUGACAAUCCCUUGCACAGAUCGCGAAAAUGGCAAAGGCGGUUCUUUAUCCUCUAUGAGCAUGGUUUGCUUCGCUAUGCUCUGGACGAAAUGCCCAGCACUCUACCCCAGGGUACAAUCAAUAUGAACCAAUGCUCUGAUGUCAUCGACGGUGAGUCCAGGACGGGCCAGAAGAACUCACUGUGCAUCCUGACCCCUGAGAGAGAACAUUUUAUAAGAGCUGAGUGUAAAGAAAUCAUCAACGGGUGGCAGGAGGCUCUGACUGUGUACCCCAGGACCAACAAGCAGAACCAGAAGAAGAAACGCAAGGUUGAUCCACCCACUCACCAGGGUGGAGUAACUCCAAGCCAGUGUUUUUCCACUGAAGACAUGAAUGGACACCCUGAGCCUGGGCCUGCCAAGGUAACUGUGACUGGAGGCAGCAUCCCAUGUCUACCCGGCAGUAUCGCAAGUGCUGAGCGUGUCCCUAUGAGCCGUGCCACCCUGUGGCAAGAGGAAAGCCACUGGAGCAGGGCCACUAUCCCCUGCAGCCGCAGCGCCUCCUGUCUAAGCCAGUUAAGCCAGACCCAACCAGACUCCAAUAUCGUUUCUCAAGAUGAUGCUGGUUCUGUGAGCAAUGGACGAAAGGUCAGAGUAGAGAGUGGCUACUUUUCCCUGGAAAAGACCAAGUCAGAACCUUCUCCACAGUCUGAACCUCAAUCCCAGCAACCCCACAGUCUGCCCCUGUCAUCUUCAGCAUCAUCUUCCUCUUUAGGAGCUCCCAGUUCCAGGUACAACUCUGAAUCAGACGCCCACAUUUCCACUCAUCACCCCUCCCAAGACCCUCUUCCCUCUCCAGGUGCACUUUUUCCCCAAAGCUACUCCACCAUCAGCUCUUCCCAGAGCUCGCUGGACUCUGAACCCAGUGGGGCUGCACCUGCCUGGGAGGGGCACAAUGGUGGUGGAGGGAGCACUAGUAGUGUCAGUGGUGGAGGAAGCAGGGUUGGCCGGGCUGGUAGGGAGUAUACAACACUGUCUGAUGUUCCACGGGCUCGCAGAUUGAGCUACAGAGAAGCCUUUCGCUCAGAGAAAAGGCGUCAAGAGCUGAGGGCAAGGACACGGAGCCCUGGGAGAGAGGAGGUGGCUCGCCUGUUUGGGGAGGAGCGCAGGCGAUCUCAAAUCAUCGGGCGUUUCGAGGAGGGUCAACAUGUUGAACGUAUGGACACAAGCAGCUCCAGUGACCCCUCGGCCAACACCGCACCAAUCCUGAGACAAGGCCGCAGUGAGAGACGCUAUCUGGAUAACAAACACGAGAUGUCACUAGAUACAGGGAAAGAGUCUUUAGCCCCUGAUGUGUCCAGCUCUAGUUUUGUCAACUUAAGAAGAGCCAAGUCAUUGGAUCGUAGAGUCACCGAAUCAUCAAUGACUCCAGAUCUCCUGAACUUCAAAAAGGGAUGGAUGACAAAGCUUUAUGAAGAUGGAGUGUGGAAAAAACAUUGGUUUGUCCUGACAGACCAGAGUUUGCGGUACUAUAAGGACUCAAUAGCUGAGGAGGCUUCUGAACUGGAUGGUGAGAUUGACCUCUCCACAUGUUAUGAUGUCAAAGAGUUCCCAGUCCAGAGAAAUUAUGGCUUCCAAAUCCUUUGUAAAGAGGGAACGUGCACCCUGUCAGCCAUGACCUCUGGAAUUCGUCGCAAUUGGAUUCAGGCCAUUAUGAAGAAUGUGCGACCCACUAUUGCCCCUGAUGUUACCCGGAAAAACAUCUCACUGAAACUAUCCGUUCUGAAGCCAAGAUCCCUUCCUGAAGAGAAGAUGCAAGGCCACGUGAUGUUAGAGCCAUGUCCACAGGGCACCGCUGAGCCUAGUCCUAGUCCUGAGAAGUCCAAGCCCGAUGCUCACAAACAACACAGCACAGCCGUUCCUGCCUCUGAGCCACGUAAAAGCAGAGUCCGUGAGCGCAGACGAGAGGGCCGUUCAAAAACUUAUGACUGGUCUGAGUUUAAAAUGGAGCAGACAAAGGAGCCCACGAAAGACCGAACUGACACGGUUGACCUCAGCUCAUGCUCUACCACCUCCUCCUUUUGCUCUCCUUCUUCUUCUCCCUCUUCAUUGGCAUCUUCCCCUGUCUCUUCCUCCUCCUUGCAAACCACAUCUGUAUCAGGUCCUCUCCCAUCAUCUAUGACAGAAGAAGCAGAAAAGGAGAAUGCCAGGAGUGACAUCCUUCCUCGCAGCACAACCAGUGGAAGUCAAAUGUCAAAUACUGUUUCUACUAUUUCUACACUUAACACUACGCCAGUACAGCUAAUGACAGCCAAAAGUCUAGAGCAAGGAAAGAUGGAAGUAGACCACACCAAUGUUGUCUGUCAAAGAAGUGAUGAGAACAGAUCUUCAGAUGUUCACGAAGAGAUUGAACACCGAUGGCAUCAAGUGGAGAGGACACCAUUAAGAGAAGAGAAGCAAAUACCCAUAACCACAGUUUUAGGCGACACUGACCGUUUGCCUGCACAUGAGCUUGCUGCGCUGCUAGACAAGGAGUUGGGACAGAAGCAGAAGGAAUUGGACCAACUACAAGAACAGAACAACCUUUUAAAAGAGCAACUGGAAGAUGCACUAGGGAGAACACAACAUGCCAGAGAAGGCUAUGUACUGCAGAGUGCAACACCUCCUUCCUCUUCACCGCACAAAGUUCCAUGGCAACACUUGCACAAGCUUAAUCAAGAUUUACAGGGUGAAUUGGAGUCCCAAAAGCGCAAGCAGGACUUUGCUCAGCAGCAGAUCCGGACCUUAAAGAGAAGUUACACUGAAGCCCAGGAUGCUGUAGAGCGCCAUGAGACCGACAUCCAGACUCUGCAGGCUAAACUUGCAUCUGCUAUGGCUGAAAUCUUAGCAACUGAACAGGCUGUGGUCCGUAUGAGGAAUGAGCUCAAGUUGGAGCAGGAGCGUUCAAAAGAACAAGAGGAGGAAUACAGCCGCAGUGAGGCUACUCUUAGAGCCCAGCUGAAGGACAGUGAAGAUAGACUCCGUGAAGUCGAGGCCAGUCUCUUGGAGAGAAACCAGGCUCUCAGGCACCUAGAGCGCCAGCAGGCCCUGCAGCGGGACCACAUGAGAGAGGUACAGAGGUUGCAGGAGAGGCUACAAGAGGUAACUGCAAGAUUAAUUGCUACUGAAGAGGGUCAGGCACUAAAGGAGGAGCGUUUGAGGAAGGAGCAGCACAGCAUACUAGAAAGUCGUGAGAGAGAGAGACAGAAUCUUUGUAGAAGAUUAGCUGAGGCUGAAACUGCAUUGAAGGAAUCUGAGGACAGACUGUUGGAGGCUGAGCAACAAGUUAAGGCUUUGUUAAGAGGAAGACGAGCCUCAGGGGGUAAAGAAUACAGAGAGGAAGUGUUAAAGUUGCAAGAACAGCUGGCCCAAAAGAAUGACAUGGUGGAGACACUGAAGGAAAGUGUGCGAAGGCUAGAAGAAGAAAAAGGUCAUCUCACCUGCCGGUGUCAGGAGCUUCUCAACCAAAUAGCAGAGGCGGACCGUGAGGUAAAUAAGCUCCGCAAUCGUCUGGAAACUGAAGAAGCUGAUUACUACACCUUGGAGCACUCCUACGAGAGGGCUACUCAAGAAUUUAACAAAAUGAGUCAGUUCCUUCAAGAAAAAGAUAAAGAGAUUCAGCAGACGAAGGAAAUGUAUGAGAGGUUGAUGGAACGUAAAGAAGACGACCUAAAAGAGGCCCUUGUCAAAAUGACUGUACUUGGUUCAAGUUUGGAGGAAACUGAACAGAAGUUGCAAGCUAAGGAGGAUCUUUUGUGUCAAAUGAGUGAAACCCUCUUACAUAAAGCUGAGCCUUGCAAAGCUGAAAAAGAUCUCCAAGCCAAGCUGGUCAUCGCAGAGGACCGCAUUGCAGAAUUGGAGCAGCAUCUCGAUGCUCUCCAGUUGGACUAUGCUGAUCUACACAUGGAAAGGGAGCAAAUCCCCAAACAGGGCAAGAAAGGAAAGAUUAAGAUCUCAUCUUCCUCUUCAUCAAAUACAGAGCUCUCUUUGGAUAAUUCUACCAAGACUAAGAACUCCCAAGAGGAGAGGGAAUCUCAGGCUAAAAAACCCAGAAUACAUUUUUCAAGUAUUCAGUGCCAAAAAUACAUCAGUCUGGAGGGCAUGGACACUGAUCAUGUAAGCAGUCGUUUUGUUGAGGAAGAACAAAGGGAUAACCAGGAUGUAAGUGUAGACCCGCAGCCAACUGAAGGAAACGUAUCCUCUGAAAUUGCACUGCCUCAUACAAGUGACCCAGAGAAGUUCAUCUCCAUCAUACAUAGCCUAGAAACUAAAUUGCUUGCUACUGAGGAUAAGCUGAGGAAUCUCACGCAGAAUUUAGAUGUGAAACAACUUAACCAAAAAGAAGAAAUGUCCAAGAGUGAUCUAAAGUCACCUCGCUCAGUUAAAGAUAUCAGCGGUGAAGGUGGAAUGGAGAUUAGUGCUGCUAUUACGCAAUAUACCAAGGCCCUGGUGUGGGUUGAAAGUAGUCGAGAGAAAGUAAGGGCUAUGCUCAGUGGUUCCCAUGGCAACACUGACUCACAUCUGCACUCAUUGUCAGAGAUAGAGAGUGAUUUAUUCAAUGCAUCUCUGCACAUUCGACAAGGUCACAAGACAUUGGAAGAGCAGUCGCCCCCAGAUAAUAUAAAUCAACCCCCUGAGGCUGGAGAUGGUGAGGCAUUGCAUCUCUUUGCCAAAACCUUGUCUUUUGAAGCAGUUGUUUUGAACAAAAUGGCUUUGCUAUUACAAACCUCAAAGUCUGACCUUCUACAAGCUCUUGUUGAAAUAUGGGAAGACGUUGAUUCCAUUAAAAUGAGUGAAAAAGACUCUUUGGCGAUAGUUUAUGCAGAUGUCUUGAUCAGGAAGUUGAUUUUAGAGAGCACCUUCUGGAAAGAACUGGGCGUAGCAGGGACGGAGGUUGCCAAAUCCAACGAGAGUGAUGUAUUAACAGACUUAGAGGUUGAUGCCUCAAUGGUGUUUAACACCUUUGUCAAAUCAGAACUUGCCUACUCUAUCCAAAACCUUAAACUUUGCUAUGAAGAGAAAUUCAAAACACUCAAAAGGGAGUUAGCUGAAGCCUAUAGCAACCUGCAUGAAAGGGAGAGGGCUCUCAGAGCUAUUGUUGAAGCUUCUAAAGGUCCUGGUUUAAAAACUGUGAUAAAAGAAGCCAAAAAUAAAUUUGGGUUGGGUAAACAGAAGUUAGCUGACAUUCACCCCCCCGAACUCGCUCCCUACAUGGAGCAGAUCAGAAUGGAAGAUGCUAGGGAUAUGGCAGAAGAAAUUGUGGACAGUCACCUGGCUGGUGUAAUGCAAUCCUGUGGUGUUGACUGCAUUGAAUCCAUUGAAAGUGCACAUGAAAACCUGGCCCAUGAGCUUCAGAGGCAAGCGGCAAUCCUACACAAGUAUGCUCAAGAGAUAGAAACCGGUGAAAUCCAUUCUGGGCUGUCGAAAAUGAUCCGUACGGCUUUAGGAAGCCAAAUGUCACAUAACUUGACAGGCACCUCUCUUUGCUUGCGGGAAGCGCUUAUUCAAGCUCAAGUGGCGUAUGUGGCAUGUAAGUUACGGGCCAUGCAUGAACAAGACCUGGGGUUGUGCAAGCAGACCAGUCAAAACAUGGAAGCUCUGGUACAGCAGCACGCCCACAAUGUCACGGCAAUCCAAGAAAAGUAUGAAGCACGUUUACAAAAGGAGCGGCUCAACCUCACACAAACUAUCGCUACUCUCCAAAAUGAGAAUGAGACACUGAAGAGCGAGAUCGGCAAAUAUAUGAACCAGCUCUCCCAACAGCAGGAGCAGGUGACCAUCCUACAGGAUUGUUUCCAGAAGGAGACUGAAGAGUUGAAGGAGAAGCACAAAAAAGAGCUAAGCCAAGUGGAGCAGGGCCGUGUUUCUACAGAGCUGGCCCUCAUGGAGACAGCAGUUGACAGUCAGCAUAAGCUAGAGGAUCUCCUCGUGGACAUGGACUGUAUGGAGGAGCGCCACGAGAGUCUUGUUCGGAAACUGGAGGAGCAGUUUGAGCAGAGAAUCUGUGAGAUCCAGCAUAUCCACAAGGAAGAAAUUGACAAGUUAUACUCUCAGUAUAUAGAAAGCAUCCAGUGUGCCAAAAAGAACGAACCAGACAAACAAAGCCCUGAAGUAUCUCACUCACCUGCAAGUGAAGAGGCUGUAACGCCGAUGGAAGAGGAGGAGCAGGGGAAGGAGGUCGAUGCACGAAACCUGUCAGAGGUGGACUCCAUGGUGGUUCUGAAAGACCGGAUCCACGAACUGGAGACCAAGAUGAAUAGCAUGAGGGAUGAACUGGAGAACAAGCACCUUGAAGGAGAUGUGGCCAGCCUGAGAGAGAAGUACCAGAGAGACUUUGAGAGUCUUAAGGCCACAUGUGAGCGUGGCUUUACUGCAAUGGAAGAGACCCACCAGAAGGUGAUAGAAGACCUCCACCGGCAGCAUCAGAGGGAAAUUUCCAAACUCAUGGAAGAGCGAGAGAGGCUAUUGGCCGAGGAGACUGCUGCCACAAUUGCUGCUAUUGAAGCCAUGAAGAACGCUCACAUAGAGGACCUGGAGAAGACCCAGCGCUCCCAACUGAGUGGACUGAACUCAGACAUUGAUGAACUUCGCUCACAAUACGAAGAGGAGUUGCAGUCCAUCCAAAGAGAACUGGAGGUGUUGUCGGAGCAGUACUCUCAGAAAUGUCUGGAGAACGCUCACCUGGCUCAGGCGCUGGAGGCCGAGAGGCAGGCCCUCAGGCAGUGUCAGAGAGAAAAUCAAGAGCUGAAUGCUCACAACCAGGAAUUAAACAACAGAUUGACUGCAGAGAUCACCCGGAUGCGCUCUUGUUUCAGUGGUGAAACGGCUCAGUCACCACUUACCCAGGGAAAAGAUGUGUACGAACUAGAGGUGCUGCUAAGAAUAAAGGAGUCAGAGAUCCAGUAUCUAAAACAAGAAAUUCACUCUUUGAAGGAUGAGCUGCAAUGUGCUCUAAGGGACAAGAAAUAUGCCACAGACAAGUAUAAGGGUAUCUAUACAGAGCUGAGCAUUGUGAAAGCAAAGGCUGACUGUGACAUCAGUAAACUCAAGGAAAAGUUGCUCACCGCCACAGAAGCUUUAGGGGAGAAGACGGUUGAUGAAACGUCUGGAUACGACAUCAUGAAAUCCAAGAGUAAUCCAGAUUUUCUGAAAAACGAACAAUCCAAGCAAUCAAGAGGUGCGAGGUCAAAGCAACAUGACCCAGACUUGGUUGGUCAGGAUGUUUUUACCAAAAACCUCUUGUGCUGUAAGUUUGUCACGUUUAUUUUGUCCAUUAGUCUGUUACUGAACAGGUGUCUUGGGAUAGCUGACCCUCCCAAUGUGGGAUCAUUUCCCCCUCCCAACCCCUGCCCCAAGAUGUGCUAGUCUUAAGGAAGGACUGACUGUGCAGGAGCGCAUGAAGCUUUUCGAGGCAAAAGACUCCAGAAAGAUUUGAUUAUUAAUAGAUCUGAAGUUUCCUCUCUCUUUCAUGGCUGGGUCUUGGUAUUCGGUCAGAUUUUCACAUCUGUGCCAACAUCGGUUUGGAUUGACCUUUUCGGAUAAGUGACCAUAUUUUUGUUUUACUAACUUACAGAACGAAGCGUCUAUUUUUUAUCAUGACAUGAAUUCAUAAUCUGGCCAAGUUUGACAAGUUAAAAUAAGCUGUGAGAGGGAGAAACAACAGUAUUUAUAUUCAUCCUCCAAAUGCCAAAAUGGACAGCAAUCCACAGAAUAAAUAAUAUAUGUUUCCCAAUAUGAUUUAAGUAUCUGCUGUAUUUUAUUAUUGUUACAGUGUCUAUAUCUAAAGACUUUUAAAUGUGUUGCACCGGUUGUGUUGUACAGAACUACUUGACAUGUGUAGUUUGUGGUUGGUUUGGGCAUCUGCUGUACUAUAACUAUGGUUUGAGUGCUGGUGGUAAGUAAUGUGAUGCUUAACUUGCUCAAGUAUGAGAGUUUUACAGAAGAGUGUCUCUGUGUGAAAGGGGAAAACGGGGUGGGAGGGUGAGAUUGCACUUACCAUUUGACUACUUGAGGAAAUGUGUUUUUAUCGUCUCAUUGGUGUAGUGACUACAAAUCAAUUAUUGCAGUGCAACCAAAUAUCCUGACUUGUGUCAUAGUCAGUGAUUUAUUUUUUUUCUUUAUUUUACCUGGAUCUUAAACCUGGCUUUGUGUUUGCUCAGUUUUGACUUUGUUGUAAAGAUAUUAUCUCAAAAAUACUGAAACAGUUUAGGACCUUGCAUGACUGUACAGCAUAGUUUUGUUUGCAGAUUGAUCAUGUUGCCUCAUUUUUUAUUAUUUUUUUUUUAUGCUUUAGUGUGGAACUAUUGGCACUAAUAAGCUUUUGCUUUCAAGUCCUACUGUUGAUGCUAAGUUUGAAUUGUUUUACUGUAAGCAGCAGUCUGGAAGCACUUGGCCCAGCCUCUGAUCUCUCACUCAAAUUUAGUUGUGCCUCAACUGAGUGAAGAAUAGAAACAUCCAUAAAACCUGUGCAGCUAUUGAUACACACUGUAUAGUAUUCAAACCACGCCUUGUGUAUAUAAAUAUGCCACAUGGAAGACUUCUAUGUUUUGUUUUAAACGUGUACCUUGCAUAGUAGCUCUAUAUGAAAUAUAUGAAUAUUUUUUAUUUUAAUUUGAACGUAUAACAUUAAAUAAAUGAAGUGUUUAAGA